GCGCCGAGGGCUCUUUUCGCGGCGGUAACUUAGAGUCUCGCGAGAAGCGCGGUUUGCGAGCCGCGCCACGCCGGGAGCUGAGUCCGCUUGAGGUGAGGUUCCUGUCCUCUGCAUAUUUCACACCCAUUUGGAUCAUAGUUUGAAACCCUCUGAAAAGUCCAGAUCAUUUUAUGAUAGAUGAAACUCAACAAUUGAGAGGAAAAGAUGCUGGCACCACAGGAGAAUGGCUUGAUUGACCUACCAGAUUAUGAGCAUGUAGAAGAUGAAACGUUUCCUCCUUUCCCUCCUCCAGCUUCUCCAGAGAGAGAUGAUGAAGGAGCUGAACCUGAUGACGAGUCAGGAAGAGGAGCACCUGUUCCUGUACCUCCAAGGAGAACAGUUAAAAGGAAUAUCCCCAAGCUUGAUGCUCAGAGAUUGAUUUCAGAGAGAGGGCUUCCAGCAUUAAGACAUGUGUUUGAUAAGACAAAAUUUAAAGGUAAAGGUCAUGAGGCUGAAGACUUGAAGACGCUAAUCAGACACAUGGAGCACUGGGCACAUAGGCUAUUCCCUAAACUGCAAUUUGAGGAUUUUAUUGACAGAGUUGAAUACCUAGGAAAUAAAAAGGAAGUUCAGACCUGUUUAAAACAAAUUCGACUUGAUCUCCCUAUUUUACAUGAAGAUUUUAUUAGCAAUAAUGAUGAAGUAGGGGAAAAUAAUGACCAUGAUGUAACUGCUACUGAAUUAGAUCCAUUUUUGACAAACUCAUCUGAAAAUGCGACGUUUGCUUCUGAGUCAAGUAGAAGCCUAACUGAAGAGCAACAACAAAGAAUUCAGAGAAAUAAACAGCUGGCCUUGGAAAGAAGACAGGCAAAGCUACUGAGUAAUAGUCAGUCCUUAGAAAAUGACUUGUUAAUGAACACAUCCAGGGCACAGACAGUUGAAGAUGUUAAUAUGGGUGAGGAUCAAAACAAGGAGAAGUCAGAUGAACUUAAGGAAGACAUUCUAGAUAAUCUGCAUAAUGAUGCUGCUGCCAAUACUGUAAAUGAAGAGGAGGAAUUAAAAAUAGAGAAAACUCAACUGGACCAAUCCUUUUAAAUGUACAGCAUUAACUUUAUGCUUCAUUCCGAAAAGUUACUGAGGUUGAAGAGGCCUCAACUAAGAGGAAAUUAAUUUGGUAUCCUCAAAGUUUGAGAUUACUAUAUAUUUUGUCUACUUUGAGUGAAAUCCUUAUGUAGUAAAACCUUUACAGAUUCCUGUUUAAAAUCUGGUAUUAUUUAUAAUUAUACUUGCUUCUUAUUAA